AUGUCGGACUAUGGUGAUGACGGCGGCUACGGCCGAGACGAGCCUGACGAUACCUUCUACGAGCCCGAAGAGAACAUCGAAGACGAACUACCUCCGGAUGCCGAAGUCGACGAGGAAGCCAUCGAGGCGCGGGCUAGAGAGGAAGAGGGCGAGGGGAGGACCGUUGUGUCGGCCGAUCCAAAUCAAAACGUCCAGAAACCUUCGAGCGACGCCGACAAGAAGAUUCCCGAGGAUAAAAGAACGACAACUCCCUACAUGACCAAAUACGAACGUGCAAGAGUGCUUGGAACUAGGGCACUGCAGAUCAGCAUGAAUGCUCCUGUUCUAGUUGACUUAGAGGGCGAGACAGAUCCACUACAAAUUGCGAUUAAGGAACUGAACCAGAAGAAGAUCCCUCUUAUUGUCCGCCGCUAUUUGCCUGAUGGAUGGUAUGAGGACUGGACAUGCGAAGAACUGCUGUGA